CUGCUUGUCGCUGGCAUCGGCAGCUGCUCGAGACAGUUAACAUGGAGCCGCAGACGCUACAGAUCAAGCUGCUGCCCGCCCGGACAGCGGAGGAGCGUGCCCGAAACAUCAUUGCCAAUGUAGUUGUGGAGGGUCAGCAGGCAUCCCUGGUGCCCUAUAUUGAUGAUCAUGAUGUGGGCCAGCCGCUGGAGAAGAUUACGCUGAAUACGCAGCUACAGGCGGCAGCUCCAGCUGCCCCUCGCUUGAGGUACUAUAAGCCAGGCCCAUCCACGUACAAGCUGCUGUGUCCGCUGUGCCGCGAAAGAAGUGAUGCGGCUGUGAUGCGUGCCGCCGGCUGCAAGGACAUCAGCUGCUGCCUCAGCCUGCUGAGCUGUGUGUUUCCCAUUUUCUGGAUUUGCUGCAUUUGCACCUGGUGCGGCUGCAACCGCGAGUGGAUCACCAAGGGCGUCUACUGCAGCCACUGCGGCGGCAAGCUGGGCAUCCAGACGCGUUCCGACUAGGUCAAUUAAAAUUUGUUACAAAUGUCA